CGCUCUCCGCCGCUCCCCCUCAUUUCCUCCUCCUCUCCUCCAGAACCUUCUCCGCUUCCGCCAUGUCCCACCGCCCCAACUACCAGGGCGGCCGCCGAGGAGGCGGCGGCCGCGGCGGGCCCGCCGGGGCGGCGGCGGCGGCGGCGGCGGGGCCGCGGCGGCCGCGGGGAGCAGCGGUGGUGGGACCCGGUGUGGCGCGCGGAGCGUCUCCGGCAGCAGGCGGUUGAGAUGGAAGUUCUUGAUGAGAAUGAGUGGUGGAGUAAGAUGGAGCAAUUGAAAAGUGGUGGAGAGCAGGAGAUGAUAAUUAAGCGUAACUUUAGCCGUGCAGAUCAGGAUGUUCUGUCGGACAUGGCUUACCAGCAUGGGCUUCACUUCCAUGCAUACAAUAAAGGGAAGGCACUUGUUGUUAGCAAAGUUCCACUGCCAGAUUAUCGGGCAGAUCUGGAUGAGCGCCAUGGAUCGACACAGAAGACGAUUCAAAUGUCUUCAGAAACCCAGAGACUUGUUGGAGAGCUUUUAGUUGGUUCCUCAGUAUCUGUUGGCAGCUCCUCUUUCCCAUCUAGGCAGGGGGGUAAACAAGUAUUGCCAGCUGGAAAUAUAGAGAAAUCUGUUUCAGUAUUGGAGAUCGAUUCUGCUAAGGAGAAACUUAACGCUGAACUUUUGGCUAAGCAAGAAAAGAUGAAGGAUAGCGCCAAUGUCAAGGCAAUGCAGUCUUUCCGCGAAAAACUUCCUGCAUUUAAAGUGAAAGCUGAGUUCCUAAAAGCUAUUGCGAAUAAUCAGGUACUAGUAGUAUCUGGAGAGACAGGUUGUGGUAAGACUACACAGCUCCCUCAGUUCAUUCUGGAAGAGGAGAUAUCUUCUCUUCACGGAGCUGACUGCAGCAUAAUGUGUACACAACCACGUCGUAUAUCUGCCAUAUCUGUUGCUGCUCGAAUAUCUUCUGAAAGGGGAGAGGCACUUGGUGAAACUGUUGGAUAUCAGAUCCGUCUGGAAAGUAAGUCUUCUGCAGAAACAAGGCUGCUAUUUUGCACCACUGGAGUACUACUUAGACGACUGGCUCAAGACCCGAAAUUGACUGGUGUAAGCCACUUGCUUGUGGAUGAAAUACAUGAAAGAGGCAUUAACGAAGACUUUCUGUUGAUAAUUCUGCGUGACCUUAUUCCAAGGCGUCCCGAUUUACGGGUUAUUCUGAUGAGUGCAACCAUUAAUGCUGACUUGUUUUCCAAAUAUUUUGGAAAUGCUCCCACUUUGCAUAUACCGGGGUUGACUUUCCCUGUGGCAGAGUUGUUCCUAGAAGAUGUGUUGGAGAAAACUCAUUACAUUAUAAAGUCCGAGUUUGAUAAUAUUCAGGGAAAUUCAAGGAGGAGGAGGAAGCAGCAAGAUUCUAAGAAAGAUCAUUUGACUGAACUUUUUGAGGACGUCGACAUUGAUUCUCAUUAUAGAAGCUACGGCAGAUCAACAAGAGAGUCUCUUGAAGCUUGGUCUGGUUCACUGAUUGAUUUGGGUCUGGUGGAGUCAACUCUUGAAUAUAUAUGUCGCCACGAAGGUGAUGGAGCCAUUCUUGUAUUUCUCACUGGAUGGGAUGACAUUUCAAAGCUGCUUGACAAGGUUAAAGUUAACCAUCUGCUUGGGGAUCAGAGCAGGGUUCUUGUCCUUCCUUUACAUGGUUCCAUGCCUACUGUUAAUCAACGGGAAAUAUUUGACCGUCCUCCGCCAGGUAAGAGGAAGAUUGUGCUGGCAACAAACAUUGCAGAGAGUAGUAUUACAAUAGAUGAUGUUGUUUAUGUUGUUGAUUGUGGAAAGGCAAAGGAAACUAGUUAUGAUGCUCUGAACAAGCUGGCUUGUCUUUUACCAUCCUGGAUUUCAAAGGCCUCAGCACAUCAGAGGAGAGGACGUGCUGGACGUGUGCAACCGGGAGUUUGUUAUAAGCUUUAUCCAAGAAUCGUUCAUGACGCAAUGCCCCAGUUUCAACUUCCAGAAAUUCUCCGGACUCCUCUACAAGAACUUUGCCUUCACAUUAAGAGCUUGCAACUUGGUGCAAUAGGAUCAUUUUUGUCCAAGGCACUUCAGCCACCUGACCAUCUUGCUGUUCAAAAUGCUAUCGAACUGCUAAAAACAAUAGGGGCUCUCGAUGAUAAGGAGGAUCUUACUCCACUCGGCCGUCACCUCUGUACUUUACCUGUGGAUCCAAAUAUCGGGAAGAUGCUUUUGAUGGGGUCCAUAUUUCAAUGUCUGACUCCUGCCCUAAUCAUUGCUGCUGCUCUCGCUUACCGUGACCCAUUUGUCCUUCCAAUAAAUAAGAAAGAGGAAGCUGAUGAAGCAAAAAGAUCCUUUGCCGGUGAUUCCUGCAGUGACCACAUAGCACUUCUGAAAGCUUUUGAAGGGUGGAAAGAGGCAAAACGAAGUGGGAACGAAAGAUCAUUCUGCUGGGAAAACUACUUGUCCCCAGUGACCUUGCAGAUGAUGGAUGACAUGAGAAUGCAGUUCCUGAAUCUCCUUUCUGAUAUUGGCUUUGUAGACAAAUCAAAGGGCCCUAGUGCAUACAAUCUUUAUAGCAAUGAUUUGGAGAUGGUAUGUGCAAUUCUCUGUGCUGGGCUUUACCCAAAUGUUGUUCAGUGCAAAAGAAGAGGAAAGCGGACAGCAUUUUACACUAAAGAAGUUGGUCAAGUGGACAUUCACCCAGCAUCUGUCAAUGCAGGCAUCCAUCAAUUCCCCCUGCCAUACUUGAUAUACAGCGAAAAGGUGAAAACUACCAGCAUUUUUAUCCGAGACUCCACAAAUAUAUCAGAUUACGCUUUACUUCUUUUUGGCGGAAACCUUGUUCCCAGCAAAAGUGGGGAGGGUAUUGAAAUGCUUGAUGGCUACCUUCACUUCUCUGCAUCAAAGAGUGUGCUGGAGUUGAUACGGAAAUUGAGAGGGGAGCUGGACAAGCUUCUGAAUAGGAAGAUUGAAGAACCUGGCCUGGACAUUUCCAGUGAGGGAAAAGGGGUGGUGGCGGCUGCAGUAGAGUUGCUUCACAGUCAGAAUGUACAGUACUAAUUCAUGUCUGAGAAAAUGGACAUUUUUAUCAGAUGAUUCAGGGUACUACUUAAUUCUAGUUGCAGCCUAGUUGUUGGAAUUUUAUCUCUUUGCUAGGAUGAAUAUUAGUUUGUACUUUGUACAUCAGGGUGUCUAUUGUAUAACUUCUUUUACGGCCUAAUAUAUCCUGCAAAAACUGCUUUUUGGUA